CAAUCAGGAAGCGCCAUAGCGUCUGAGCGUGACGUAAAGACGCAGCGCGACGCGCACGCCGACCCCGGAAGUGAGGAGCAUAGAUAUUAUAAUAUCUGUGGAGAGGAGAUGCAACAUCAACAAAAAACAGCUUGAGCAACCGGAGUCACCGUGCUCUUGUGAUACACAUCAGUAGCAGUGUGAGUUUCUGCGUUCAUAUCCUAUUACAAUGAUGACAUCCACCUGUGGUGUUAGCCUGCAAAUCUCCAAAGGGAGAAAGGACAGACUGGGACAGUGAUCCCAUUCACGGCUAGAAACCGCCAGAUCAUGACGUCUAAAACCGAUAACCCUCCGUCGUACGAGGAUGCGCUUCACCAUCCCAACUACGGCAACUACCCCGACCAGCCACAGCGUGGCUCCCCUCUUCCACCACCUCCGUCCUACAGCCCCGGUCCGGGCCCGUCCCCCGGCCCGCCCGGCUACUGGGGUCAGGAGGGCGUCUACCCGAUGUGGGCAUCCCCGGGCCUCCCUCCGCCCGGGAUGCCUUCCACAAUACCCACUCUGUCUGCCGGAGUGCCUCCAUCCAACCAAGGAGACAUGGAGGAUUUUCUGAGCACUCGGUGGGAGAGCACAUCCAUUCGCCAUGCCUUCAUCAGAAAGGUUUACUUCAUUUUAACAGCACAGCUUGCCGUCACCUUUUCGGUUGUCGGCGUCUUUACAUUCGUUGACCCAGUGAGGCUAUUUGUCAUCAGAUACCCCGGCAUCUACUGGGCAUCUUUUGUGGUUUAUUUUAUAGUUUACUGCAUUCUCGUCUGCUGCAAAGGGCCGAGGAGGCGCUUCCCAUGGAAUCUUUUGCUGCUGGGAAUAUUUACGCUCGCCUUGUCUUACAUGUCCGGGACGAUUUCAAGCUAUUACGAAACAAAGGCAGUGUUUCUGGCCAUGGGAAUAACUGCACUGGUUUGCAUAGCGGUCACAGUCUUCUGCUUCCAAACCAAGGUGGACUUCACCUCCUGCGGGGGACUCCUCUGCAUCGCCUCCGCUGUGCUCAUGAUCAUCGGGAUCGUCGCCGCCGUCGUCCUCUCCUUCCAAUACGUCCCUUGGCUGCAUAUGCUCUACGCCGCAAUCGGAGCCAUCGUUUACACUCUGUUUUUAGUGUACAACACCCAGCUCCUUAUUGGAAAUCGGGAGCUGGCCAUCAGCCCAGAGGAGUACAUCUAUGGAGCGCUCUCUCUUUAUAUUGACAUUGUUCACAUCUUUCUAUUCAUCCUUCAGGUCAGCGGCGGUGCUACUGAUUGAGAAGCCGCUUAAGUGUUCUGACACUGAGCACAAUGAUGCAUGUAAACAAGUGUUGAUUCAGAAAUGUUAAUAUUUUUGUAUUUCAGUUACACAUGAGCACUUUUAUUCUUGCACUGUGAGGAGUGUCUGCAUUUCACCUGUCAAACUGUAAAUGAGGGGGGAUUAAAGCAUACGUAUGGGGAUCAUUUCA